AUCGCGCAGCCCAGGAUCGCCCAGCUCACGCCAGACCGUGUGUCCAUGACAAUACUUGAGGACGUCUCCGCAGCUAGAAGCCCAGAGCUGGGAUCAGUGUGGCGGCGCCCAAAGCGCGCGCUCCGAAUUGAACGGAAGUAGGGUCAGAGGACUAGCCAAUAAUUGGGUACGCUCCUCUCCCGAGGAUUGCAGCGGACCAAUCACAAUCCUUGCGACGCAAGAGGCGGAGCCACGUCAACGGUCUGUAAUUUCGCGGGUUCGUAACUCGUUCACUGUUGUGGGGUAAGGUCGUGCAGGUGAGAUUUCCCGUUUCCCACCUGAGAAAACGGACCCCAGAGGCGGUCACAGUGGGUCUUGAGGGAAGACGUCCUGUUUCUACGUAUGAUUGGCGUUUUCCUCUUCUCUGAGAGGAGAGUCCGAAAACCUGCCGUCCAUCUUAAGCAGCCCUUGGUGUGGAGUGGUAAACUUUGUAUAUUCCUCUUUACUUGAGAGUCAUGCAGAGAGCUUCACGUCUGAAGAGAGAGCUGCAAAUGUUAGCUACAGAGCCACCUCCAGGAAUCACAUGCUGGCAAGAAAAGGACCAGAUGGAUGACCUGCGAGCUCAAAUACUAGGUGGAGCCAGCACACCUUAUGAGAAAGGUGUUUUCAAACUAGAAGUUAUCAUUCCUGAGAGGUACCCAUUUGAGCCUCCACAGAUCCGAUUUCUGACUCCAAUCUAUCAUCCAAAUAUUGAUUCUGCUGGAAGGAUUUGUCUAGAUGUUCUUAAAUUGCCACCAAAAGGUGCCUGGAGACCAGCCCUGAACAUCGCAACUGUGUUGACUUCUAUUCAGCUGCUCAUGGCAGAACCCAACCCUGAUGACCCAUUGAUGGCUGACAUUUCCUCAGAAUUUAAAUAUAAUAAGCCAGUCUUCCUCAAGAAUGCCAGGCAGUGGACAGAGAAGCAUGCAAGACAAAAACAGAUGGCUGAUGAGGAAGAAGUACUUAAUAAUUUAUCAGAGGCCAGUAACUCUGAAAGAGACAACUCAACACAAAAAAGGAAGGCUAGGAAGCUAGGAGGCAUAGAGAAGAAGUUUUGCCCUAAUGUUCAAAGAGUUUGUCCUGACCCAUCUUAGUUAAUACAUUCUUUACAAGGUGGUCUGAUUUGCUUACCUUUUUUGAAUGUUUUUCUUUGUUUUUAGUGACAUUAUAAUUUUUGUAUUCUAUAAAGGACUUUGUGUAUUUAUGUAUUCUACUCUACAGUGAUUUUGAUUAUAGUUUGUUUUAUUUACCGUGUACAUAUGUAUUUUGAAGUCUUUUAAACCUGAAGAAUAAAUAAUCAUUUAAUGUUGA